CAAAUAAUUACCAGUUUGUAUAGGUACACGUUGUCGCCAUGUUAUUACUGUCGAAUUAGUUGGAAUGCUAGAAACUUAUGAUAAAAUAAAUUUUUGACAAUAAGAAAAUAAUGAACAUGAUUCGAAGAAAUAACCCUACAUCUAAAAUUUUAGCAUUAGUUGCUGGUGGGGUUUUAUUACUAUUUGUUAUUUAUAUCUGGCAUGAUACUUUAGGGCGCUUGAGAAAAAGCGAAGAAACAAAUGAACAUUUGAACCAACAGCGUGAUUCUCUGUCAGCACAAUUGAGAGUUAUAUAUGAACAUAAAAGUAAGCUGGAGAAAUCUUUACGAGAUGAUCGACAAUCUUUUAAAAAAUUCAAGACAGAAUUGGAGGAAAAAUCAGGUGAAACUGAAAAAAAGUUUUCUAUGGAAAAACAAAGCCUUCUAAGCAAAAUAGAAAGACUCAAACAGGACUAUAAAAUGCUUCAGAGUCAACACCAAGAUAUGGAGAGUGAAUUUAAUCGAUUAAAUGAACUUUACAAAAAAGAUAAAACUGACUUUUCGGCUGAAAGAGACAAGCAUCAUAAGGACUAUCUCAAACUUCGAGACUAUGCUUCAACUCUAAAAGAAAGUAAUGAUAUAUUAAACAAUAAGAAUAUACUCCUUGAAAAUGAGUCGAAAAAGUUGAAGAAUGAGAUUCUUUCAAAACAAAGAGAUCAGACCGAAGCCCAGCAAGUAAGUUGA